GCUCCCGGAGAGGCUCCGCCCACCGCCAGGCAUUCUGGGAACUGUAGUCUGCGUGCGACUCCGAGCCACGUGCAACCGGCGGCCCGGGCUGCGCGUGCGUCAUUGCGUUCGUUUGCCGCGCCGGUAGCCUCGGAGGGACUGUCACUGUCUUGUCAUUCUGGCCCGGGGAACCCUGAGAACGUCUGGCAGAAAUGUCUAAUGCAAAAGAAAGAAAGCAUGCUAAGAAAAUGAGAAACCAGCCCACAAAUGUGACCUUAUCCUCUGGCUUUGUGGCUGAUCGAAGUGGAAAGCACUAUAAUGGAGGGGGGAAACCUUUCCAAGCUCAAAAACAGGAACCUCAUUCUGGAACUUCACGGCAGCGGCAAAUCAAGAUGACACCCCGUUCCCUGGCUGAGCCUGAUACAAAUGAACAAUCUUCCUCCAAACUCAUGUUUAAAAAAAAGGGAGGCUGGAAAGCAGGUCCUGAUGGGACUUCUCAGGAGAUUCCCAAGUAUAUAACCGCUGCUACUUUCGCCCAAGCACGAGCUGCUGAAAUAAGUGCCAUGUUAAAGGCCGUGACCCAGAAGUCUUCCAAUUCCCUGGUUUUCCAGACCUUGCCGCGGCACAUGAGGCGGAGGGCCAUGAGCCACAAUGUCAAACGCCUUCCCAGACGUCUGCAGGAGAUGGCCCAGAAGGAGGCGGAGAAGGCUGUGCAUCAGAAAAAAGAACAUUCAAAAAAUAAAUGCCACAAAGCUCGAAGAUGUCACAUAAACCGGACACAAGAAUUUAACCGCAGACAAAAGAAGAACAUUUGGUUAGAAACUCACAUCUGGCAUGCCAAGCGGUUUCACAUGGUGAAGAGGUGGGGCUACUGCCUCGGGGAGAGGCCCACAGUCAAGAGCCACAGAGCCUGCUACCGAGCUAUGACAAACCGUUGCCUCCUUCAGGAUUUGUCCUACUACUGUUGUUUGGAGUUGAAGGGCAAAGAAGAAGAAAUACUCAAGGCACUUUCUCAGCUGUGUAGUGCAGAUGCAGGCCUGACCUUCGCAGCAGUUCACUGCUUGUCUGGAAAGCGCCAAGGGAGUCUCAUGCUGUACCGGGCAAAUAAAUAUCCCAGAGAAAUGCUUGGGCCCGCUACGUUUAUUUGGAAGUCAGAGGGGACCCCUGGCAGCACUUCUGAGAACAGACAGCUGUGGAUUUGGCUUCAUCCAACUCUUAAGCAGGAUAUCUUAGAGGAGAUAAAAACUGUAUGUCAGUGUUUGGAACCCGUCAGGUCAGCUGUCAGCAUCCCGAGCCCACCGCCAACACUAUCUCAAGAGAAAAGCCAAACUGAAAUGACUGAUGAGAAAAUUGGCAAGAAAAGAAAAAGAAAAGAUGACAAAGAAGACCCUAACCCAGUGAAAAAAAUCAUUGGUGAUGGGACUCGAGAUGCACGUCAGCCAUAUUCCUGGAUGUCUGCAAACACGGGCAUUAUAAUCAGUGAUUUGAGCCUGGAGAUGAACAGGUUCCGGCUUAUUGGUCCCCUGUCCCACUCCAUCCUCACGGACGUACUGAAGGCUGCUUCUGUGCACACGGGGGAAGAGGACAUCGAGGAGACACCUCACCAUUGGUGGAUUGGCGCAUGUAGGAAUGCUGCUAGUGUUGCCCUGCAUCGCAGACAGGAAGCCAUUUUUGAGUUGUUGGGAGGAAUAACAUCGCCAGCAGAAAUUCCAGCAGGUACUAUCCUGGGACUCACAGUGGGGGAUCCUCGCAUCAAUUUGCCUCAAAAGCGGUCUAAAGCUUUGUCCAACCCAGAAAAAUGCCAAGAUAAUGAGCAAGUUAGACAGCUGCUGCUGGAGGGUGUUCCCGUGGAGUGUGCGCAUAGCUUUAUCUGGAACCCAGUGAUCUGUGAGAGUGUCACAGAGAAUAAAAUCUCGGAUCAGGAUUUAAACCGGAUGAGAAGUGAAUUGCUGGUGCCUGGGUCACAGCUCGUUUUAGGUCCCCGUGAAUCCAGGAUCCCUGUACUUUUGAUUCAGCAGCCGGGCAGAGUAACCGGUGAAGACCGACUGGGCUGGGGCAGUGGCUGGGAUGUCAUCCUCCCCAAGGGCUGGGGCAUGGCUUUCUGGAUCCCAUUUAUCUAUCGAGGUGCAAGGGUUGGAGGAUUAAAAGAGGCUCUAGUGCAUUCUCAGUAUAAAAGGGCACCUUCCAUCCCAGGUGAUUUCCCAGAUUGCCCUGCUGGAGUUCUCUUUGCUGAAGAGCAAGCAAAGAAUCUUCUUGAAAAGUACAAGAGGCGCCCUCCUGCCAAACGGCCCAACUACAUCAAGCUUGGCACAGUGGCGCCUUUCUGGUGUCCCUGGGAGCAGUUAACUCAGGAGUGGGAGUCCAGAGUCUGUGCCCAAGGAAAGCCUUCUGUAGAUUCCUCUCCGAGUGGUGAGGAGAGUAACCUCAGGAGACAGGAGUCACCUAAGGCUCCUGCGCCAUCUGCCAAAGCAGGCACAGCUGUAGAUAACCCCACGGAGCCAGAGGUCAUGGACACAGAGUGUCAGGACCAGCCGGGGAUGAAGAGAGUGACGGACCGGGGCGCCCCUGGGAACCAUGCUGUUCUCACCAGGAGCCAACUCUGUGUUCUUCGGAGUCGAAAAUUACUGAAGCAACUGUCUGCCUGGUGUGAGCCCUGUGCCAAGGACCGGCGGGCAGCGCGGUGGGCCCCUAGACAAGGCCAGCAUGAACUGACCGGAGAGGCCUGCCUGGCUCUCACGGACCGCUUCCCCAGGGCCCUGGUGUGGGUCAGCCUGUCCCUGCUCAGGAAGGGCAGCCCUGAGCCACACACCAUGAUCUGUGUCCCAGCUGAGGAGGACCUGCUCCGGCUCCGUCAGGACCGGCAGUACUGCGGGCCCCAGGAGCCCCGGCACAGCGACCCAUUCAAGAGCAUGAUCAUGAAGCAGAAGGAAAAGAAGAAAGUGGAGAAAAGGCAGAACCGAGGACGUGCUGCUCCCGAGGGGCCGGCAGCAGGGCUGCCUGAGGCCAGGCAGGAAGCCCUGACCCAGGGGCUGUGGCCCGGUGCCCUCCCAGCUGUGACUACGCACUGCUCCAGAGGCCUCCUCGGCUAUGUCACUCAGGGAGAUUUUUCCAUGGCUGUGGGCUCUGGAGAAGCCCUGGGGUUUGUUAGUGUGACAGGCUUGCUGCAUGUGCUCUCCAGCCAGCCGGCGGCCGAGAGGGGCUUGGUGCUGCUGAGGCCACCCGCCUCCCCGCAGUACCGGUUUGCAAGAAUUGCUAUUGAGGUGUGAACUUGAGCGAUUCAUGGCUUGGCGGGGCCCGGACAGCAGCUUCACCAAGUUCCGCUGUUGGAGAGCUAUGUUCUCCUUGUCUUCUGUUUCAAAAUAUCAUGUGAAAUUCCUUGGAAACAAAACCAAAAACUGACAUAUUAUGCAAAUGAUGAAAGGUUGGCAUCGUUCCAGUUCUCUCACUGAUUUCCAUCUUGCUCUGUGCUGGCUGUGACACCUUUGCAUACCUGUGCAGCCAAAGCUGUUGUGUUAUGUUCUCUGGUCUGGUGACUCUUGCUGGAAAGUGUUAGAAGCUUUACAUUUUACCAUCCCUUUUUUUAGGAGCAGAGGUCUGUUUGGAAGGCCUUAUAGUCAGUCACAUCAUAAGCAGCUCUAACGGUUUAAGCGACUUGAUUGUUACCAAAGAAGAAAAGACGAAACAUCUGGUGUCUGUGCAUGAGAUUUAGGCCCCUGUGUAGGUCAUGCUCAAUUUGGUACCAUAAUGAGAGGCUGGACACUUUGUGUCAGGAAAGAAGGAAGGAAGGAGAGAGAGAGAGAGAAAAUCAUGAAUAGUUUAUCACUGCUUGUUUAUAGGCAGGCUCAAGAGCCCAGUCACAACAGCCCAUUCAAGUGUGAUCACCAUGACACAAGUAUCAGGAAGAAUGAAAACGGUAGGGGUCUCUGGCUUUGUAACCCCUUUAUUAUUGACCAACCUGUGAUCCUAGGAAUAACUUAGUUUUUUAAGUAAAACAUUUGUUUUAUUUUACAAAGUAUUUCUCAAAGGCAUAAAGCAUUUCUCAAAACAUAUUCUAUGGCAUAUAUAGUCUAAAAAUGAAUA